AUGGAGUUCAAACAUUUUCUUCACAACCACAACUUGACCUUUAUAGAGGUGGGUAAGGAGAACAAUACUAUGAGUUGCUUUGGGUGCCGGGAUAUCAUUUGCGGUCCAGCAUAUGUUUGUGAAAAAUGUAACAUGUUUGAUAUGCACAAAUCAUGUGCUGAAUUGCCCCCUCAAAUGCAAAGAGAUGCUUUUCACCCCCACCCGCUAAGAUUCACUCUGGGCAACGUGAUUGUGUGUGACCGAUGUGCAAUAUGGCGGGCAUUUUCAUUCAGUUACAGUUGCAUGAAUUGUACAUUCAACCUUGAUUUCAGAUGCGCUGUCACUAUUUCUAAUGAUUGUGAGCUAGCUAACCACGAGGCCUUACAGGAAGGGAGGCGAAUUAAAACCACAAUUCAUCAUUUCAACCACAAUCAUCAACUGACCCGCUGCAAGUUUUCUUUGUUGAAGACGGUGUUGGGUAAAGAAAUUUUUAAGUAUCUAUGGAAGCUAGAAAAGCCCAAAUGCAUGGCAUGCAAACAGAAACUCCAUGAUAUUCUAAUCUAUACCUGCAUUCCUUGUCGAUUUGUCAUUCAUGAAUCAUGUGUAAAUGACAUGCCAAGACAAGUACUUCAAGGUCCAUUUCACCCACAACAUAUUCUUCUCCCUCGACUGAUCCAUAAGGGUUCUUCUCACAGAUGCAGUGCUUGUAAGGAAGAAGUUAAGGGCAUCAGCUUCUACUGUAAUCAAUGUGAUGUUAACAUGCACGUUUCAUGUGCUAAGUACCGAACUCGGGCUAUAAAGCACAAUUGCCAUCCUCACCAUCGUCUACAUUUGGGGAAGAGCAUUAUCAGUAAUAUAUCUUGUGAUGCUUGUUAUAAAGAUUGCGAUGAUUCUUUCUUCGGCUGCAUAAAGUGUGAUUUCUAUAUAGAUGUUGAGUGUAUUCAACUACCUCUAAUUGUUAAACACAAACGUCACUUGCAUCCACUUGUGCUUAAAAAUCUUUUUGUUGAAGAUGAUUCGGGAGAUUAUUACUGUGAUAUGUGCGAGACAGAAAGGAAUGCAGAACAUCAUGUUUAUUUUUGCAAAGAAUGCACUUAUAUUGCACCUAUUGAUUGUGUCCUUCCUGAGGUUGAACCUACAGAAGAAAUGUUUUCGAAUCAACGAACAGGAAGGAAUUUUGACAAAGCAGAGAUUGCUAACAAAAGGAUGGAAUUGGAGGGGAUAUUGGUGCACGAUGAAAAGAAGAAAAUCCAGAGCAUGAUGUUUAUUACUGCAAAGAAUGGCACCUAUAUUGCGAUUAUUAAUUGUGUGAAUUUAGUGGUUGAACCGCCUGAAGAGAUAUCUAAAUAUUUGGUGCCUCGUCCAAGGAAAGAGAAAGAGAAGGCUGACAAAUUACGAGAGAUUCUCAAGCGGAAGAUGAGGUCUUGA